AUGAAUAGAAAAAAGGAUCAAGAAUCUUUAAUAUUUCUGAUCACAAAUCAUCUUUAUAAAAUCACAGUUAUCUCACAAACCAUGAUUUUAAUCAUGGCUAUUGCCUUAAUAUUUGGAAGUAUACUAUACUCUACAAUACCACCUGAAGAUAUCCCAUUUUCUGGAUAUACAGCAGUUCUUUGGAUGCUAUUUUUAAUUGUAUAUCAAUUUAAUCAAAUAAUAGUUCCAAUUCAAAAUCUUCUAAUAUUUCUUUUGGCUUUUCAAAGAUUCCUUCUUUAUUUCUUCCCAAAUUCUGAAAAAUAUAUAAUUCCUUCUGAAAAACGAUUCAAAUGUUUUAUUCGAUGGCUGUAUUUUAUAGCGAGUUUCGGGAAUGUUCUAUAUAUUUUUUAUUUGUUGGUUUGCUGGGCAGCAAGAUUCAAUCAUAUUGAUCUCUGUCAAAAUCAGGAGAAAUGGUCGACUAUAAAUUCAGCGAUUUUUAUAAUCCUCGAUGUUUUAGUCAUGCUUUCAUCAAUUUUUUAUAUAUUCAUUUUGAUCAGUGUUCUGAAAUUCAAAAGACUUGCUCCAAUUUUGAUGAAACAUAAUAUUGAAAAAGCAAUUGCAUAUCAAUCUUCAGUUUUGAUAAUUGUAAAACUAUUCAGUAUUCCAAUGAUGUUUGUCUCAUUUUCUCUGAUAGAUAUAGAUCCGAAGUAUUUAUCAUGGAAUUCUAUUAUGAAUAUGGUAAAGAUUACCUAUGACGUGGCAAUCAAUUUUAUAUUUUUCAAAUUUCAGAUUUACUACCCCCUAUUCUUUAUUGAUAUUCUAACAACACCCAUCGUAUUUCAAAUCACAUAUUUAUUUUGCAACAAAACAAAUCUGGAAAUUUUGCUGAAAAUGAAUUUCAGAAAAUUGAAAACUUGGUUGAUUAUUUGUUGUGGAGCAUCUUCGAAUAGUAUUGAUUAUCGACUCGAAUUACCUAAUCUGAGCAGCGAUUUGACUUUGGCCACAACGUAG